CUGCUACCCCUCAAUACCGUUCGCGCGCGCUACCCCGACGGACGUGCACUUUAUUUUUAUCGCGUUUUUUCGUUCCUCUUUCGUUCUUUCCGUUUAUGAUUUGAGCCGCCACCAUGUCGAAGGGCGAUGGUGAACAACAAAACGGUGGUGGCGAGGAGUCCAAGACUAACCUGAUCAUCAACUACCUGCCCCAGUCCAUGACGCAGGAGGAGAUCCGGAGCCUGUUCUCCAGCAUCGGUGAAGUGGAGUCGUGCAAGCUGAUCCGGAACAAGGGCGCGGCGUUCCCCGACGCACUCAACCACGCACUGCACGGCGGCGGCCAGAGCCUCGGCUACGCCUUCGUCAACUACCACCGACCCGAGGAUGCCGAGAAGGCCAUCGCCACGCUCAACGGCCUCCGGCUCCAGAACAAGACGAUCAAAGUUUCCUACGCGAGGCCCAGCAGUGAAGCUAUUAAAGGUGCGAAUCUGUACGUUUCCGGACUUCCUAAGACGAUGACUCAGGCCGAACUCGAGCGAUUGUUCAGCCCGUACGGCAGGAUCAUUACGUCGCGAAUCUUGUGUGAGAACUCUGGCGGCCGACCCUUCACUGGCGGCGAGCAGGGGCUGUCCAAGGGUGUCGGAUUUAUCCGCUUUGACCAGCGCGUCGAGGCGGAGCGUGCCAUCCAGGAGCUGAACGGAACAGUGCCCAAGGGAGCCACGGAGCCCAUCACGGUGAAGUUCGCGAACAACCCCAGCAACAACGGCAAGGCGCUGGCGCCGCUGGCCGCGUACCUGCCGGCCGCGCUGCGCUUCCCGGCGCCGCUCGGCAGAUUCAGCUCAGGCAAGUCUCUCCUAGCCAUCAACAAAGGUCUGCAGCGCUACAGCCCGCUGGCGGGCGAGCUGCUGGGCGGAGUACUGCCGGGCGCCGUGGGCUCGGAGUGGUGCAUAUUCGUGUACAACCUAGCGCCCGAGACCGAGGAGAACGUGCUGUGGCAGCUGUUCGGGCCGUUCGGCGCCGUGCAGAGCGUGAAGGUGAUCCGCGACCUGCAGACCAACAAGUGCAAGGGCUACGGGUUCAUCACCAUGACCAACUACGACGAGGCCGUGGUCGCCAUCCAGUCGCUCAACGGGUACACGCUCGGCAACCGCGUGCUGCAGGUCGCUAUGAAAACUCCUAAGAAGAAAAAUGACAAUACGACUAAUUACAAUAAUUGCAAUAAUUACACCAAUUGCAAUACUUACGCUAAUUGCAAUACUUACACCAAUUGCAAUACUUACGCUACUUGCAGUACUUACAAUACUUGCAAUAACUAUAAUAAACAAGAAAACCCCAGAGAAAACGCACCCAAGAGGACACAUCGAAGGGCCAGAAGAUAAAUUUUCUUUGUAUAAACUGUAUCAAUAUUAAUACACAAACUGAAUUCAGUUAAGUUUAAUUUAAAAUGACUUGUAGGUAUACUUAUUAUUGACUUACAAGCAUUUUCAUCAAUCAUCUAUCUCUUAAGUAAAAAUUACUUAGCAUUACAUAUCACCCUUACUAUUAGGUGACACUUAAAGAU